UACCAUGUUCAAUAAAAUAUAUAUAUAUACAUAUCUAUAUAUAUCUUCCAUCUAGGCAAGCCAAGCCCGGAGCAUGCACGGGGAAGCCAUGGAUCUUUGCACCAUCGCCUUCACCGCUUUCGCUAUUAUCCUCUUUCUCUUCACCUUCAAGGUCCUUGCUACAAGUCUGAACAAAAAUCAGAGAAAAUAUAAGUUCCAUCCCGUGGGUGGCACAGUCUUCAACCAGCUUCUCAACUUCAGUAGAUUGCAUGAUUAUAUGACUGAUCUUGCCCGGAAGCACCGGACCUACAGGCUGCUCGGUCCGCUCAGGAAUAAGAUCUACACCUCCGAGCCAGCCAAUAUUGAAUAUAUACUCAAAACCAACUUUGAGAAUUACGGAAAGGGUCAGUACAAUUACAUCAUUCUAAAGGAUUUAUUAGGUGAUGGGAUUUUCGCAGUUGAUGGUGGAAAGUGGCGUCAACAGAGAAAAGUUUCAAGCUAUGAGUUCUCAACAAGGGUCCUAAGGGACUUCAGCAGUGUUGUCUUUAGGGAAAAUGUGGCCAAACUUGUUCGUAUAUUGUCUGAAGCAGCAAAUUCGAACCAGAUAAUAGAUAUUAAAGACCUCUUAAUGAAAGCGACCCUUGAUUCAAUAUUUAAAGUUGCAUUUGGAGUUGAACUAGACAGCAUGCGUGGAUCAAGCAUAGAAGGCCAAAAGUUUAGCUGUGCUUUUGAUGAUGCAAGUGCAGCUAUCCUUUUUCGAUAUGUUGAUAUCUCCUGGAAGAUCAAGAGGUUUCUGAACAUUGGAGCAGAAGCUACAUUGAAGAAAAAUAUCAAAGUGGUCAAUGAUUUUGUUUAUAAGCUGAUCAACAACAAGAUCGAGCAAAUGAGAAACUCAAAAGAUGAUCCUUCGAAGAAAAGAGAUGACAUUUUAUCUAGAUUCCUGCAACAAGCCAAGCCAGGGGUAUCCACGGGGAAGCCAUGGAUCUUUGCACCAUCGCCCUCACCAGUUUUGCUAUUGUCCUCUCUAUCUUCACCUUCAAGGUCCUCGCUAGAAGUCUGAACAAAAAUCGGAGAAAAUAUAAGUACCAUCCUGUGGGUGGCACAAUCUUCAACCAGCUUCUCAACUUCAGUAGAUUGCACCAUUAUAUGACUGAUCUUGCCGGGAAGUAUCGGACCUACAGGCUGAUCGGUCCGCUCAGGAAUGAGAUCUACACCUCCGAGCCAGCCAAUAUUGAAUAUAUACUCAAAACCAACUUUGAGAAUUAUGGAAAGGGUCAGUACAAUUACAUCAUUCUAAAGGAUUUAUUAGGUGAUGGGAUUUUCGCAG